AUGAGUGACGACAAUCGUGACUUCGAAUUUGCCCAAAGGGGUCUUGUAGCAACCUUUGAAGAUCCUCUGGUAUACUCUGAGCAGAAGCAUGAGGUUAUCUGGGACAAUAACGCAUACGGCUUUCUCCAGGACGAUGCUCCAUCAACUGCAAACAAGUCUCUAUGGAGACAGGGGCAACUCUGCACCGUGACAGCCGGUCUUUACCAAGUCACCAUGGGUAUCUACCAAGUGCGUGGGGCAGACAUUGCCAACAUGACUAUUGUCCAGAUUCCGGAUACCAACGACAUCAUUAUUAUUGACUGUCUGACCUGCGUAGAGACGGCUCGCAAGGCCUUUGAGCUUUAUCAGAGAUUCCACAAGGACCAGAUAGGGCAAGAACCGGUUAUAAAAGCCCUCAUCUACACUCACUGUCAUGGUGAUCAUUUUGGCGGCAGCCAGGCAAUCAAGGACAUUGCAGGUGACGAUCUUCGAAUCAUUGGACCUGAUGGGUUUCUCGAACAUGCCGUGAGCGAGAAUGUCUACGCCGGAGCAGCUAUGAGCCGCCGAUCAAUAUACAUGUACGGAGAGGCCUUGGAUAAAUCCCCCACGGGACAGAUAGGUUCGGGUCUGGGCCAGGCCGUGCCGCCGGGAACUAGCUCUCUGGUGGCGCCGAAUCAAACCAUCAAGAAAGACGGUAUUCUGGUUCCUGGAAUCGAGGGGCUGGAGAUCUAUUGUCAGUUGACCCCGGGGACGGAAGCGCCAGCCGAAGUCAACUUUUAUUUCCCGGCAUACACGGCCCUUUGCAUGGCAGAAAAUGCGACUCAUACCUUGCAUAACAUCCAGACGCUUCGAGGCGCCCCUGUUCGAGAUGCGAGGCUCUGGUCGCGAUACAUAGAUCAGGCCAUUGCCUUGUUCGGCGAUCAAGCCUCAGUCGUGUUUGCUAGUCAUCACUGGCCGACUUGGAAUGAAAAUGGCGAGAACUACGUCCUCCCCUUUUUGGAGGAGCAACGAGACUACUAUGCUUACCUUCACAAUGAAACCCUCCGACAGCUCAACAAUGGCCAAACCCCUGUGGAAAUAGCGGAAGGCAUCGAGAUGCCCCCGAAUCUAAGCGUCAAGACGCACCUCAGGGGGUACUACGGGUCGAUCAGCCAUAAUGUCAAAGGCGUAUAUGACAAGUACAUGGGUUGGUUCGAUGGCAAUCCGUCAAAACUGUGGCCACACACCCCCGCAGACGAGGCAACACGAUAUGUCGCAAGCAUGGGCGGCAGUGACCAGGUUUUAGCAACGGCCAAAGACUAUAUCGCGAAGGGAGAUUUGCGAUUUGCAGCUACUCUGCUGAACCACGUCGUCUUCGCCGACGACCAAAACACCGAUGCAAAGAAUGAGUUGGCAUCAGUCUACACAACACUUGGCUACGGUUGCGAAAAUGGUACGUGGCGUAAUAUUUACUUGACCGGGGCGUCGGAGCUGCAAAACGGACCUACGGCCGCCAUCAACGCACUAACACCGGCGUCCCUGAUGGCGCUCGACCUUGAAGAGCUCUUCGAUGCGGUGGCCAUUACCGUGAAUGGGCCGCAGGCUUUCCGUGAGACGGGUGUCACUAUUGAGUUCAUGGUGGAGGACAUGAAAGCGACGCCGAAGCAGCCCGCAGAGGGCGCGGGUUGGCAUGUCCGUCUGAGCAACGGCGCCGUUACCAGCCGCGCGGUUGAGUACGUGCCGCCUCCGGAUCCGCGGAAUGAAAAUGCCACAUUGACGGUAUGGCUCUUGCACAAGGCUCUUGUUGAGCUUGUAGCAUCGGCCGUCGCUGGUAGUCCCAAGAGCAUCGACUCUCUUGACGACGUAACUACUUAUGGGGAUACCAAGGCGUGGGAUACCAUCACCUCACUUGUUACAGAACCAAACCUUGCCUUUAAUAUUGUCACUCCUUAG